AUGGCAGCUGGUCUCAUGGAGCGGUACCGGCUCGCCGGGGUGGCGCCCCCCCAGCUCAUGUACGUGGACCGAGACUGCUGCUCCAGCUUCGGCGGAUCAAAGACAGCUGCCAUGUACAAUGAGUGGGACCAGCUGGUGGUUCGGCUGGACAUCUGGCACCUGAUGCGGCGGUUCGCGGCAGGUGUCACCACUGAGAGCCACCAGCUCUACGGUCCCUUCAUGCGGCAGCUGUCAGCCUGCAUCUUUGAGUGGGAUGCAGGUGAUGUCCGCCGACUGCUGGAGGCCAAGAGGUCUGCGCUGGAGGGGAAGCACGGGAUGGUCGGCCUCACCGAGGCGGAGGUUUCGAGGCUGAUCGGCAGGAAGGAGAUUGCACUUCACUGUCGGCGUCGUACGUGUGGAGCUGCGGCGACCGAAGUCCUUCUCCUUGACCUCCUCGAGACCUUCAACAGCGAGAAGGGGGUCGACACCCUGGGCAUCCCGUUGCUGGACUCCAUCCACAUCCAGGCAAUCUGGCAAGAGCAGAGGCGCCACCUCCACUGCAUACAAGACCCACCCGGUGUACAGCUGUACACCGAGACCGGCAAAAUCACGCCACGCCUUGGUUUAUCUCUGCGCACGGGGCUCCACAUCCUUGGAGUCAUUCCACCUCAACCGGUACCAGGGCAAAUGCAAUGCAUUUCCAGGCAUUCCUACUGGAUGGACCGAUGAGGUGGAACGAGGACCGUGCGCAGGCAGCAG